AUGCCCGCCCCCGGGGUGGUGAGGAACUUAUGCUUCCGGAUAAGCAUCGUGGGGGCAGCGAACAGCGGCAAGUCGUCCCUUCACAACCGACUGAUGAGACAACUCAACGCCAAUUACAAACAAUCGCUAGUUCACCAUGAGCCAAAUUACUGCAUUAACAGUAAUGAGAGUCCAUUCCGAGUGGAAAAUACCAAAUGUGUGAUCACGGACACACUGGGGAUGAACGAACAAAUGAUGAAGAGGAUGCAACUGUGGAAGCAUAGCAAGUACGAACGACAUCACGAGAGUAACACUAUUAUUAGUCAAUAUUUUCACGUCAUCCGUAGUAGCCACUUAAUUUUUUUUUGCGUAAAGUCUUCCCAAAUUAGAGAGAGUGAUAUCUUAGCGUAUCAAAUUGUGAGUGACGUUUUUACUCCGAGAGAAAAUUUAUUUACUGUCCUGUUUGAAGAGAGUGCCUUAAGGAAUGGUGGCAGGGGUGGAGUAGAGGAGGAGGGGGAGGAGGAUGACGUGGCAACGAGACAGGAUAAGUACAAUUUUUUACACGCCUUUGAGUACUUUAGCAAUGUUGUUUUUUUCCCAAAUGGGUUGGUUUGGAAGGACGAGGGAGGAGAGGACUUGGUGGAGCUUAUACGGCGGAAGGUCAGGGAGGAAGUGAGUCGCCAGCUGGCUGAAGGGGCUACCCACGCGGGGGCGGAGCAUGAAGAAGCCCCAACCGAGGCCCACUCCACGAUGGAUCACCCUACGUGGGCCCCUCAGAAAAUUUCCACAAACGACCAAGUGCGUGACCUGGUGGAUGAGAGUCUUCGCAUCUUCCGGCCGAAGCUCAGCGAAGAAACGAAGAAUUUUUUUUACAAAUACGUAGACCUGAGGAAAAAGGAGAAGUCCGACGAGCGUCUGUUUAACGAUUUUCUGAGCGAACGGAUUUUGGGAAAGUCGCUCAAGAAGCUCACGAGGGGGGAGUUGGUCGCGCGCGGGGCGGCUGCGGAGGUAGAAGCGGAGGCAGGAGCGGAGGUAGAAGUGGUUGGGGAAGGAGUCGUCGAUACCGCUGCCAGUACCGCUACCAGCACCGCUCCCAACACUGCUCCCAACGCCGCUGUCCAUGCCGAAGCCCAGCUGGUCGACUACUUCGACAAGAUGGAGGGCGACUUCGAGCGGAAAAGGAGAGUCGCCGCGAAGGUGAAGAACAAGCGAAUGCGGCUUUUGCAGGCCAUCGUGGCGGGACAGGGGGGGGUCAACCCCUACGAAUUGAACUGCGGAAAAACGACGCUGAUCGAGGCCAUCCUGAGAAGACCCAUCGUGAGAGAGCAAGACGUGAUGGAACUCUUCGGGAAGAAAAAAUACAUUAACAAGGAUCUUACCAUAGAACACAAAAAUGUUCAAAUAACAGUAGCAGAUACGUGUAGCCUAACGAAGCAACACAGAUUCAGAAGAGAGGACACGUACCAUGAUGAGGAGAGACAAAUAUUUACCAAUGUGCACAAAAGUGAUGUGUGUGUGUACGUAAAGGAAGCUAAAGAAAACAACAUAAGUAUAAGUAAGGAAGAUAAAAAAAUGAUGUUUUACCUUUUGAGAAAGAAGAAGAAUAUUAUCGUUGUGGUGACUAAAAUAGAUACUAUUUUGUCCAAAUUUGAGGAGAAAAAAAAUGAGUUCCUAUCCUCCUUCUCUGCCUCCUUUAAUGACAUCCCUGUGGUCUUCCUAAACCCAAACAAUAAAAUGCACGUGCAGACUUUACUUAACCGACUGGUUCAUAUACAUAAGAUGAGUCACAUACGGAUCCCUACUUCUACCCUAAAUCUCUUUUUAAUUAGAUUCCUUCAGUUGUUCCCUGUCCCUUGGGUGAGGAAAAAAAAAUGCAACUUCAAGUACAUCAGGCAAGUCAACAGCAACCCUGUUACUCUCCUCAUAUUCACCAACCUCUACAACGACAUCCCCAAAAAUUAUUUGUCUUUUUUUAAAAAAAAACUAAAGGAUGAAUUUCGUUUGAGAGGCGUUAAUAUUCAGUUUAUUUUUCGCACCACUUGCGAUAGUGCCAACGCCAGGCGCAGUCGGUUCAUGCGUGCUGGGGGGAAGGCCAUGUAG